AUGGCAACUUGCAAAUAUAGUUUUAAUGCUCUACGUCGAGCAUCGUCAUCUGCUGCUGUUGCUUCAAGUGUAAAUCAAAGAAAUGUUCCUCAAACGAAAACAGGUCAAUUUGGAGUUCCACAACGGAUUAGUUUACCAAAAGAAAGUAUUAAUGUAACAAAAUUACCAAAUGGAUUGGUUGUAGCUUCAAUGGAAAAUCAUUCACCACUUUUUCGUGUUGCAGCUGUUGUUGAUGCCGGAGCAAAAUAUGAACCUUAUGAAAUGCGUGGUGUCACAACACUUCUUCGAGUUUUCUCGAAUUUGAGCACGAAGUAUGUCAGUCAAGUCGGUUUAACAAAGAAUUUGGAACGUUUAGGCGCAAACUUCAAGUGUAUACAAACACGAGAACAAAUGAUUUAUUCAAUUGAAGGUCUUCGAAGUGAAUUAACACAUGGAGCUCAAUUUUUGGUUCCUAUCGUUUGUUAUCCAAUGUUUAAACCCCAUGAAGUUAAUGAUGAACAUGAACGAUUAGAACUUGAUCAUGAUCUUUAUUUACAGGCACCUGAAUUACAAUUAAAUGAUUUACUUCAUAACGCAGCAUUCAAAGGUGGUUUAAGUCGAGCAUUAUCAGUUAGUCCUGAAAUGAUGAAAAAAUUAUCACAUAAACAAAUGUAUUCAUUUCAUUCGCAUUAUUAUACACCGGAUCGAAUAUCUUUAGUUGGUACUGGUUGUAAUCAUCAAACACUUGUUCAAAUAGCGGAUAAAUUUCGUUUUUCGCCACUUGAUUGUGUUUAUACACCAGGUUUUGGAAACCUUAAAUUAAUUGAUUCAGAACCUGAACCAUCAAAAUAUAAAGGAGGAGAACUUCGACGUGAUACUCAAUCAAGUUUAGUUCAUAUUGCAUUAGCAUGUGAAGGCGUGAGUUCAAAAGAUGAAAAAGGUGUUUUAACAAGUUCAUUAUUAAAUGAAGUUAUGGGUAAAGGUCCGAAUAUAAAAUGGUCAGCUGGAUCGAAUCGACUUCAACGUGCAGCACAAGCUGUUGCUGAUGCACCUUGUUUAGUUUCAUCGUUUAAUCUUCAUUAUACUGAAUCAGGUUUAUUUGGUGUUCAUAUCAUGUGUAAUAAAAAUGAUACAAAUAAGGUUGUCAAAGCCGUUUGGAAUGAAUUUAGUAAAGUUUUGAAAAAUGGUAUUAAUAAAGAAGACUUUAAUCUUGCUAAAAAGAAACUUCAAGUAAAUCUUCAAAUGACAGCUGAACAAUCUUCGGAUGUUUUUUCAAAAAUGUUAAUUCAACCAGAUGUUAGUGAUCGUUCAACUGAUGUUCAAUCAAUUCUUGCACAAUUAGAACAAGGUGAUUAUACAAAUGAUUCAAUAAAUCAAUUAGCAAAGAAAAUUUUAACUGGAAAACCACCAACAGUAGCCUCUAUUGGAAAUCUUAAAUCAAUGCCAUAUCUUGAUGAUUUAAAAGCAUAA